AUGUGUCGUUUCGCAGUUUUUUUGGCUCUAGCGGCUCUCACUUUUCCAGCUUUGAGUGCUGUGAGUUUUUAGGGUUGUAACUUGAGAAUGAAGGCUUUUUGAACAAAAUGAUCAAUUACAAAGUAAAAGAACACAAAAUUUGCUACGACUUUUUAGUUGUCAACUUUUUGGAAUAAUCAUUGGUUCUCGAGAUAUAGCGAUUUGGAAUCGCUAUCUUUCACAUUUUGUGAAUGCUGUCUAGAAAUAAGCUCACAACUCAAAAUUGAAACACGUUUAAAUUUAACAGUCAAUUACAAAGUUGUAGAGCACAAAAUUUGCAACAACUUUCAAGUUGCAAACUUUUUGAAACAAACAAUAGUUGCAGAGAUAUAAGUCUUUAAAGCUAAGACAAGUAUUACAGGCUCUUACCGACGCUUCCUUCAACCAGGCGAUCCGCAAUCACACCGUCAACGAGUUCGUCAAGAUCUAUGCGCAACUUUUGACGACUCUCAUCAACUCGAAGACCCCCAAAGCCUACCAGGACCACAAUGUCUACCUGGACCUCCAUCUCCGGUUCUCCGAGUGCUACUCUCCGCAAUUCCUCAACUACGGUAACUUUGAGGGACAUAUAUCUUGACGAUUAGACUAUUUCCAGGAAUGUUCCGCAAAUGGCUCGAUCAGUUGGUCCUCUACCACUCGGACCCCGUGAUCAGUGUGUCGAGUAUGCGGAAACAAGACAAUUCUGUCGUUUUUGUGCUCCAUAUCGAUGUCCGUCCUCGUCUCGGGCACAGAAAACAGUUCGACCUCAAAAUUACCGCCUCUAAUGUGAGUUUGGCCUAAAAAUUUGAAGAAUUUAAAUGUAUAAUGUUCAGAAACGGAACGGAUGGUCGAUUUUGUUCAUCAACCGCAACCUAGGAUGCUCUAAAACAUUGUUGUUGAGCGGUGAAUAAAGAAUAAAGAGUGCAAAAGAGGUUUGAAAUGCAAAGGAAUCGAACCGGAGCGGGAAAAGUUUGAAAGGCAAAAGUGUUAUCCACUAGGACAUACCCGAUACUGGGGUUAUCACCCUCUAGGGCAAUGAUAAGACAGCUCAGCGUGCAGCUAUCCGAAGCUCUAAUUUUGAUAAUUUUUGACUUAUUUCCAUCAAAAACACGUUUGAAAGCGCCCAGAAUGUUCUGGAAAUCAUCCUAUGCCUCAAUUGUUCGCCCGCCUCAUCACCGCGAUUUUUGAUAGAUUGACCAUAAAAAUGCAUCAAAACCUCUGACGAUAUGUACCAGAGUUGAGCGGAAUUCCGUCUGCCGUCUUCCGGAAUUUUUUCUUCUUACCGUAAAAAAGUAAUAGCUUUUCAGAAGCCAUUUACUAGCCCCGAAGAACACGAAUUUCCACGGGCAGUGACCCAAAUCCAAAAUUUUUGUUGCUUUAGUUAUUAAAAAAAAACCGGAAAAAAAGGUUCUGCAUUGACGAUUUUUUUGUUCCUUCUUCCGUCUGCCGUCUUCCGUGAGAAAAAUUUUUUUCCGUCUUCCGUUUUCCGUAAAAAAAUUUUUCUUCCGUCUUCCGAAUUUCGAAAUUCCAUUUCCGCUCAACUCUGGUAUGUACUGAAGGCGCAGCACCACCAAAGCUGAUGAAAUUUUGUUCGUAUUGAUACCGAAAUCUCGGUUGCAAAUGCUCAAUGGAUACAACAACCUUUUUGACACUGCGCCUUUAAGUACGGUACUGUUCUGUUCCAACCGAUUGAUAGGGUGUGUCCCGAUAAAUAAUUGUACGUGUGUGUGUGUGUCAUUGGAACGGAACGGAGAAAAAAAGCGAAUAACAAAAAGUGCAUCAAAGUGGUUGUUCCGCCAGAAUGUUUACGGCUUUCCAUCAUUUUCGUUCUCACAAACUGUGCUGGAGUGUACGAGAAUGGCGUCAAGACUUGGGAGUCGGAAGACGAAAUGCUGGCGAAGAACAGUUUAUCGGAAGUCGGAAGUCGGGAGUCGGAAGUCGGAAGUCGGAAGUCGGAAUUCCGCAAAAAACUGAUGGGUCCCUCUCUCCCCUGCCCCCUCCCCCGAUGAAAUCCUUGUUCCCUCUACGUCACUGCACAUUGUGCUCUCGCCCGUUCAUCCAUCCAAUGCACACAAACAAAUGUGAUUUUCAAAGAGCGCGCUCCCUUUUUCUCUCUCUCUUUCUCUCGCCGAAUGUUCUCGAAGUGGUCUUUCCGUGAUGCUUUCGGCUUGCUGUAAACAACCAUCAAAAGUCGGCUGACACGUGGAUUGCACAUGAAAAACUGAUAUGAUAAGACGUCAAAAACCGACCCCCGCGACAACCCCAACAAAAGUCGGUCUAUUUAUAGAAUGUGUAUUAGGCCAAGAAGACGUGAGACAUGACUUUCAAAAGUUGUUGGUUGUUGCGAUGCAAAACACGUUUCUUGGUGGAUCCCGGAUCAAAAACCAUUCGUUCCGAGACACUACAACAUAGACAAGUUGAUAAUAGUAAUAGCGAUAUCAGUUGUAGACCACAGAAGGUGCAUCGCCGACGUCACAUUAAACACAGAGCAAAAUAGAGUUGCCCCGAACCAGGAUCGAACUGGUGACCUUUAGAUCUUCAGUCUAACGCUCUCCCAACUGAGCUAUCGAGGCCGACAGCUCCAGCGCCACUCUUUGCGCCUAUAAAGAGGCUGCUUUGACCAUUCUUGGGACGCCACCAGCCUACCACCGUACCCCACUACACCCACACAGAACGUCACUGAUCUCUCCCGGGACGCUGACCACCUGUUGAGUGAGGAGCGAGAAAGAGAGAGAGAGAUGUGUUCUUUGAAAAUCACUUUCGUCUUUUUUCUCCUUUGAACCCGCUGAGCGCGUAUUGUGAUCCAAUGCGAUCAGCGAAGAGAUGUGUCACAACAGAGAGCGAUGACUUCCGGCGGCGGCGGCGGCGGCGGCGAAGACGUGGUUGCUGAUGGGCGGCGCUUCACACGCCGAAUAAAAACCCGUCGCGACGCGCCUCCUCGAAUCUGUUUAUCAUCGUCUUCUCCCUUUUCGUGUACGAGAAAAGUUCUCGAAGCUUCUCGUUCUGGCGUUCUUUGAAAAGAGCGCUGGUUUGUUGACUUUGCCUCGCUUCGCACUUUUUGUUUUCCACACUUCUCUUUCUGCAAAGUGGUAUAUUCCGCCCCCCGCGUGACUGAACCGACUCCGCCCUCCUCUUCUUUUUUGUUGCUGCAACCACAACAACAACAUGCGAACGUUUAAAAAGCGAGGCAAGUGCACACUGUUGCAAACUCCGAAUUGGAGGCAUUCGGGUUCGCAACGUUUACACGUCACGCGGUCAAGACACCCUUUUUUGCCGCCCCGCCCCGCCCCGUCCCGUAUCUUAUCGUUCUCUCGUGUUUGCCCACAGGACCAACACGCAUUGUUUCAGUUCAACCAUUCCCACGCAGCCGGCAGUCGUCACGAUGGUCAUCUCGAUGCCGACAAUCCCUUCGGUCGCACCGAUCAACUGCGAGCUCUCGCUAGACUCUGGCCGAUGCAUCAAGUACGUGGCGACUCGCAACGCGAACCCGAAAAGCCACGUGGCCGACGAGCUGCCCGUCAUCCGCAAGAACAGCCAUCAGGAUCACCACGACGACUGGGAGAGCGUCAACAACCUGUGCCACAUCAUCGACAGCAUCGUCACCGUCGAGAUGGAGACCGACUUUUUCGACGGCAAGGCGGUGCUCGAGAUCGGAUUCGUCACCGGCCUUCCGUCGGUGUACGCGUUCGAGAACGGCGCCGACGAGAUUGCGAUGCACACGGCCGACAAGGCGAGUCUGGAGCUGUACUGUCGGGCGACACUCAAACGGAACAGUAUUCCACUCAACAAGACCAAACUCUCGUUCGGAACCAUCGAGGAUCUUCGAAAGUUCCUGGGCGGCCGUAAAUACGACAUCAUUCUGGCUCCAGAUCUGCUGAAUCGUCAGGAAUCCGAGUUUGAGAUGGUCCACGAGCUCAUUCAUGAGGCGCUCAGCUACGAUGGCAUUUGGUGAGUUGCAAAAAAAAAAUUGCCCCGAACCAGGAUCGAACUGGUGACCUUUAGAUCUUCAGUCUAACGCUCUCCCAACUGAGCUAUCGAGGCGGCUGUCCCCGGCGCCGCUCUUUGCGCCUAUAAACUCGGUCGUUUUGCAGUCUCUUCUCGUGCCGCACUCACUACGCCAACGUGGACGGGUCGCUCAACGCAUUCUUGCAACUGGCCAAAAGACGUCGCGAAUUCGACGCAAUCGAGCGAUGGUCGUCGCCGCGAACCGAUAUCAUCCAACAAAAGGUUUGUGCCCUGCCACAUCACAUCGACAAUAUCAAAUCUAUCGCCGUUUUUGCAGGUCUUCCAACUCACUCGCUCACUUUUCUGA